UCUUGACGACGCGCCACCGGGGGACAAGGCGCAGGACGCGGAGGGUGUAGCGUGACAUGCGUUCGUCGGAAGGGUCAUCAGACGCUUACCAUCUUCAUGUGGCCUGCUCAUUCCCUCAGGUGCCUGUCCAGAGGCCGUCCUGCUGUCGCGGGUCGAUUACGCAGCGCAGCGCAGCGCAGCAGCGGCGGCGGUCGUCGGCGGCGGCCAAAUCAAUGUCUCUCCCUGACAAUACAAUGCCUAUGCAGCUAUAGAGCUUUCUCUCCAGCACAAGAGACCGCGGGUGAGACAGAGACGAUGGCGGGGACGAGUGCGCCGCGAGGAUGCGAUGGGCGAGUGGCGCUGGGAGCUGCGUUGGGCGCGGAGCGAGGGAAGAGACUGAAGGGACUGGGACCGAGUGCAAGCUAGGAACUGAAGACACGAUAGAAUUGGAUUAUGGAUGUGGUCAAUGGUCAAUGGUCACUCUGCAGUCGUCGCAUCUGAUAGCGGUUGGUA